UGAGUUACGUUCUUUGCACAUUUGCACCUCUGGCCAACAUGGCGGCAUCGCUUGGACGUAUUUGUCGAUCUGGAUUUUUAAAAUCAAAUAAUGCAAGUCUAUUUAAUCAGGCCAAUCAGUUCUCGACUGUCAGAGACUGGUCCAGAGGUCGUAAAGCGAUGGUUUCAUGUUUGGGAGUAGCAGUCGGUGGUAUCGGUGCUUUGAUUUAUACAUUGGAGAACUCAAUAAAAGCAUUUGAAUUAAUAGCUCAUCCUCCAAAUUAUCAGUGGAGUUGGAAUGGGCUUAUAAACGCGAUUGAUCAUGCUAGUAUGAGACGAGGAUGGGAAGUCUAUAAAAACGUUUGCUCAGCUUGUCACAGUUUGAAAUUUGUUGCUUACCGUCAUCUUGUUAAUGUGACGCACACUGAAGAUGAAGCCAAAGCUCUGGCAGAGGAAGCUCAAGUAAAAGAUGGCCCUGAUGAUAAAGGAGAGUACUUUAUGCGGCCGGGUAAACUUUCGGAUUAUAUUCCAAAGCCCUAUCCUAAUGAAGAAGCAGCUCGUGCUGCCAAUAAUGGAGCUUAUCCACCAGAUCUUUCAUACAUUAUUAACGGAAGACAUAACGGAGAGAACUACGUAUUUUCAUUGUUAACUGGAUUCUGUGAUCCACCUGCCGGAAUCCAACUUCGAGAGGGUCAGUACUUUAAUCCAUACUUCCCUGGAGGUGCUAUUGGUAUGGCACCGCCCAUCUACGAUGAGGUAAUUGAAUACGAAGAUGGUACUCCAGCAACAGCAUCUCAAAUUGCUAAAGAUGUUACCACCUUCCUUAUGUGGACAUCUAAUCCCGAGCACGAUGAACGGAAGUAUUUGUUCAUAAAGUUUGAAGCAGUUUUUCUAGUAUUACUAAUUGGUGCAUACUGGCUGAAGAGACACAAGUGGACAACUGUAAAAAGUACCAAACUAGCAUUCAUCCCACGGGAGAAAAAGUAGAAAAAUCAUAAAAAUGAAUAAUUAAAUAACUAUCAUAUUAACUCAAUUUAAAAACGAUCUAGCUCGAAAAAUAAAUUACAUAUUAUAAACGUGUUUAGCAAUUGAUAAUGCCAUCAGUACUGAUUGGUAUAAUUAAUAUACGUAGUUUUGAUAAUUUUAAAUUUAUUAUUUAAAAACUAAAAGAAAACAUUUUUAAUAAUGGUAUUAUCAAAAUAAAAUUAUGCUUGAAGUUAUUGAGAUAAUGGUAUUGAUAUGCCAAUUGUGACAUAUAAUUUAACUCUCAAUAACUCAGUUGUCAAUUCACGCCGUAUGAAUGAAUUCGUACAAUGUACAUAGAUGCCAACAGUGACAUCAACAUCUUUAAUAAAUCGUUGAAAAAAAUAACAUUCAA